AUGAACCUUCUGGCGACGCAUGCCAGCGCUCAAGAUGCUAUGUGGGUGAGUGCUGGGAUGCUGGCUAGGGCCGGAGUGUGGGUGGGCGUGACGUCAUUAGCGAAAUCUCUGCUCACCCCUAAUCCCUGCUCUACCUUGAAACUACCCAUGAUUUCCUGCGCAGACGAGUGCGGCGGCAUUUGUGGGACCGAUGCUGACUGCGUUGUGAAUGAUCUCGGCACCAGUGUGUGCAAGUGCAAGGACGGUUCUACCUUCAACGAGUUUAACUACACAUGCGAUGGUGUUGUGGACGAGUGCGGCGGGAUUUGUGGGACCGAUGCUGACUGCGUUGUGAAUGGACUUGGCACCGGUGUGUGCCAGUGCAAGGACGGUUCUACCUUCAACGAUGUUGACUACACAUGCGAUGGUGUUGUGGUCCCGAGUGCUAUGGUGAGUGCUGCACUGGUGAGCGCUGCACUGCGUUGCUGCCUCAGUGCUAUCUCAACAAUCGUGCUAUUCCACCAAAAUUCGGACUUGCUCUUUUCUUCUCUUCACUCCCCGCAUCUCCGCUCCUGUCUACUCCCUCCCUCUUCCUUCCACUGUGCCACCACCAACUCGAUGCCUUCAAACCCCCAUCGUCACCACACGACCCUCAACGGCCACGAUACGGCAUCAGCCCCCCUCCUCCAGACGACAGUGCAGCUGCAGCUGCAGGUGAAGGAGAAUGGCCGGCCGCGCAGCUACCCGGAGAACGUCAAGUUCACCACCAACGGGCCAGCAGCGCAAGCAAGUGGCGACACCGCCUGCACCGACCUGACCUCCAGCUUCAGCCUCCGUGGUGACACCCAGAUCAGCAUCCAGUGGCAAUCCUACGGCCUUCAGGGGGCCGGCAACGGCAUGUGCAAAAGCGUUUCGUUCUUCAGCAACCCGGGCUGCACAGGCAAACCAGGCCUCACGAUUUCCCGUCCUGCUAAGAAUGGUGGCUCCUACCGCAACACAGACAGGACUGCCACAGCGACGGAUUUGCCGAAAUCAGUUGGCUGUGAAAUCACGUUUUUGUUUGUCCCUCCGUUUGUCGUGCCCACAACAGCCACGUGUCACAAGGACUGCGGAACUGCUGAGUGUGUGGUGGAGGGAGGCCAGCCCCAGUGCCAUUGCCCCUGGGGCUUCACGUUCAAUGAGGCUGAGAAGAUCUGCAGCGAAAAGACUUUCAAUCCUGCUGACAACUCUUGCAAGACGGGCACACUCAAGUGUGACAAGAACUUCAUGUGCGUUGUGAAGAACGGGCAGGGCAUGUGCCAGUGCAAUGGCGGCUACACCAAGACGAACGGCCUCUGCACCG